CUGGUUCCCCUUCUACUCACUACUGCUCCUCCCAGGCGCCGUUGUUUCAUUUGCGCCAUUUUGUCCGCUCACUUUGUUGAUUGGGCUUUAGCGAGCUGUACUAGAGCCAAUCAGAGGGAAACCGGACAGCGAAGACACGAGAGGGUUGUGACAAUAACAAGCCAUGGAGCAGUACACCACUGCCACCACUACUACUGGGGAGCAGAUAGUUGUACAGACUUCCAAUGGACAGAUCCAACAGCAGACACAGGGCACAGUGACGGCUGUGCAGCUGCAAACAGAGGCUCCAGUGGUGACGGCCUCAGGCCAGCAGGUGCAGACACUCCAGGUAGUGCAGGGACAGCCUCUGAUGGUCCAGGUGAGCGGUGGGCAGCUCAUCACCUCAUCAGGGCAGCCCAUAAUGGUGCAGGCCAUGUCGGGGGGUCAGGGUCAAACCAUAAUGCAGGUCCCUGUAUCUGGAACCCAGGGACUACAGCAGAUCCAGCUGGUGCAGCCGGGUCAGAUCCAGCUGCAGAACGGUCAGACUAUUCAGCUCCAGGGCCAGCAGGGUCAGCCCCAGCAGAUCAUCAUCCAGCAGCCCCAGACAGCCAUCACCGCUGGACAGAACCAGGGGCAGCAGAUCAGCGUGCAGGGCCAACAGGUGGCACAGACGGCUGACGGACAGACCAUCGUCUACCAGCCUGUCAAUGCAGAUGGCACCGUCCUGCAGCAGGGAAUGAUCACAAUUCCUGCUUCCAGUUUGGCAGGCGCCCAGAUUGUACAGGCAGGUGCCAACACCAACACUACUAAUAGCGGCCAAGGCACUGUGACCGUCACCCUGCCCGUCUCCGGUAACAUGGUCAAUGCAGGUGGAAUGGUCAUGGUAAGACCCUGUGCAGAGAUGGUGCCUGGAGGUGGUACAGUUCCCACAAUGCAACGUAUCCCCCUGCCGGGGGCCGAGAUGCUCGAGGAGGAACCUCUCUACGUCAAUGCCAAACAGUACCACCGCAUCCUGAAGCGAAGACAGGCUCGAGCCAAGCUGGAGGCUGAGGGCAAGAUCCCCAAGGAAAGGAGGCAGAAGUACCUACACGAAUCUCGCCACCGUCACGCGAUGCAGCGCAAGCGAGGGGAUGGAGGACGUUUCUUCUCACCUAAGGACAAGGAGGAAAUGGCUUUGGCCCUGGCACAGCAACAGCAGGAGGUGGCCCAGGCAGCAGCAGAUGAGACAGUGGCUCAGAUGAUCCGAGUCUCAUAGCACUGUCGCCAACAUCAUCACUUCUGUCUGUGAACUCUACCCUGCCUGAGACUCUUCAUCCCAGCUAACCUGAUCUGCCGCACCGUCUCCUCUCACUUUUACUCCCUCCUGCCCCGCCGUCUCACACACACACACACCAAACCACCACUGGGUUUCCUCUGAUAUCUCUCCACUCCUACACUGGUCUUCCAGGGAGCUGACCAUGUGGCUGCUGAGCCUGUGGACUGUUCUGGUCUUCUUCUCUGAAAUGGAGGACGCUUCCCCCCUCAGCUUAUCUGGUCGAGUGUUUACGACCAGCCUUUUUAUUUUCACAAGGAUUUGUUUAAACAAUAAUGAAGCAUGAAGUUCUAGGUAACCAGGGCUAGUCACGCAGAGCAAAUAACAGCUGUGAAGCCAUGUCAGACCCUGGCCUGUUAAAAAGAUGAGAUUUUGUCACCAGUGGAUGCUUUAAAUAUUUUUUUUGUAAAUGGUACUUUUUUUUUUUCAGAGACACUCAUCAUUACGCAUUGGUGUCGUACAUCUUUUAUGUGAUGACCUGUAUUUUGACAUUUCAUUUUUUCAACCCAUGUUCUGUGGGGGAUGGACUCUGCAUCAUAAGUCCAACCCGUGGCCACUGAGCAAAAACUGAAAUGUGAUACUAAUGUGAAGAUAUUGUACAGAAAUUCUUUUCUUCCCCCGUGUGAUGUACUUAAUGAUUUGCCCAAUUCUGUGGAUGCAUUUUAUACAAUUUCGUGGUUAGACAUAGUGUUUGUAGGAAAACAGUGACUCGGUGUUUAAUCACAUUACACAUUCUAUCCAUGUAGUUACCUCUCCAUCAUUGGUCAGUCCACCUAAGUGUUUUCUUUUUUCAUUGUAGAUAAUAGAUUUUUUUACCCAUCAAAUGCAGUAAUGCAAUGUUAUUAUUUUUUUUAUAAUGGAAAAAGGUUGGACAUUCAUGAAACCUGUCAAUAAAAUUUUAUUAAGUGA